CUUUCUCCGUGCUCACCAGCAAACUAAAGUUUGGAGCUGCCGCCGGCUGGUCUUCAUUGUGCUGCUAUGCAUAGAAUAGAAAACACACGCAGGAAUAAAAAUAGUUUCUCACUCGGUCUGGAGUGAUGUUUCAAAAGACUGCUGGGUCAUAAGGACGGGCGAGAUGUUGCAGAGGUUUUCGACUGUUGGCUUUUACCUUUUGCAUUAGGACACGUAGCCUGUAGUACCACUCUUCUUCCUCCCAAUAAAUGAGCGAUGAAGAAGAUGAUGAUCCAGGCCUCCUGUAGGAAGGGUUUGCAGGUGUGUUUGUACUUACUGAUGGUGGGAAGAUUACAGGGCCGGGUAACAGCACCAGAGCGUCUGGAAGCUCCAUUGGAGAAGCCUUUCACUCUCACUUGCAGUGUUUUGAGGGAACGGGGAGAGACUCUAAGGCAGGUGCGUUGGCUGGAUGGCCAGAACCAGACCCUUCUGAGCUACCAACCUGGUAACAAAGACAGUGUGAGCGGACAGCAGUAUGUGGAGCUUGCCGUCUCUCCAAAAGACACCUCGGCUAUCACCAUCCGCAGGGUGGGCUUCCGUGACGAAGGCUGCUACACCUGCAUCUUUGACAUGCAUCCCUCUGGUUCAAAGCAGGGCCAGACGUGCCUCUCUGUUACCACGCAUAUUACGGUUGAUAGCAACAAAACAGCAGUGUGUGGCAAGAAGGCCUCUCUCUCGUGCUCCUAUGGAUUGCCUGAAAAGGUGGAGCAGAUAAUAUGGAGACACACCUCUGCUCAAGGAGAAGCCACAGAGGUUGCCUCCUUUGCAAAGCGCAGUGACCCCAUGAUAGAGCCACCGUACCAGGGGAGAGUGUGGCUGAGCGCCUCCCUGUCCGAGAGUCAGCUCACCAUUCAGCCGGUCACGAUCCAGGAUGAAGGCUGCUACACCUGCGUCUUCAAAACACAUCCUGAUGGGCCGAAGACCUCCACAGUUUGUCUCGACACCUAUGUGUUGCCCAAACCUCAGGUGAGCUACAAGACCAUGUCUCCAGGUGUGAUCGCAGCCAACUGCACCUCAGUUUCGCGGCCCCCUGCAGAGAUAGUAUGGAACGUGGAGAGGGAUAACCGCACCAUGGGCCCCCCUUUGACAACACAGCUCCCACAAAACGACGGGACCACUCUGGUCAUCAGUACGCUGACCGUCCAAUCAGGGCUGCUGAAAGACGUGUCCAUCAAAUGCUUGGUGCACCACAAAGGGCUUGAGUCACCGAUUGCUGUAUCCAUGAACACUAAAAUUGGGACAGCUCUCACCAUACUGAUCUCCGUCACUACGGUUGCUGCCCUGUUGGUCAUGUCUCUCUGCUUCUGCCUUUGGAAGUGUUUCUUGCGCAAAGAAGCCGAUUAAUGGUCAAGAUGACCAGAGGCUAAAAAGAGGAUGCAUCUUCAUCAUCAUCAUCAUCAUCAUUAUCCUGGUACGAAGGAAAGAUGUCCUGACACAACUUUAUAGGAUGUCAUAUACAAUCCUGUUCAUGAGCGCCAACUGUACAACGACAUUCAUCUCAGCUCUUCUGCAUCUGACACUUAUAUAAUCUCCAGGCUGUCUUCACGUGAAGUCAAUGAGGAAAUGCUGAGCAGAUAAUUUUUCCUCUCCGACUCUGUAAUGGAUUGAGUUCAUGGCCACACUCUCCACAUUGCACAGCAAACAAAACGUUGCAUGUCCCUAAAAUACUUUCCUCUGUUUGUCUCUUUCCUUUACGUAGUCCUGAAAUGAUAUGGUUGGUAUUGUUCUAUUUUUUCUUAUUCAACAAUAAGACUAAAAACAACAAUCAAUUGAUUCUGCUACUAAAAGUCUGAUGUAUCAUACCCCUGGAUUGUUGCCUAAAAAAACAAUUAAAAAGUACUGAGCAACAUGUUGCACCAGUGACCAGAACAUCUGCACUUUAAUUCCGGUAUUGUGUAUUUAUUUCCGGCUGGAUACUCACUAUUUAUAAGUAACAUUUACUGUAAACUACAGUCGCCAGCUGUUCAUUUUAAAAUGUAUUCAUGUCUUAUAUUAUUGUAGAGGUUGACUUACACUCCUAUGUUACAUUUGAUACUAGGGAAAAUACAGAAUAUUACCAGCCUUAUCCUUUACAGUAAAUAACCUAGCUAAUUGAAAUGAUGAGCUAAUCAUUAAGGUUUUACUUCUUGUACCUCAGCCGAAGACCUCCUUCACUUUUGUGUAUUGUUAAAGCUUGGUGGGGUCUUCAUGUGUUCAGCUAGGCCUGCAUACCUACUGUAGGCCUAUUGCAAACUUUGCUACAUGUUUCAAAGUGUGUGUGUGUGUGUGUGUGUGUGUGUGUGUGUGUGUGUGUGUGUGUGUGUGUGUGUGUGUGUGUGUGUGUGUGUGUGUGUGUGUGUGUGUGUGUGUGUGUGUGUGUGUGUGUGUGUGUGUGUGUGUGUGUGUGCAUAUUUGUUUGAGGCUAAAUUCCACGGUCAGAUAUCUUGAAUCAAUUCCCCUGGGGAGUAACACUAAAACCUUUUUGGUGCCCCUGACAGGAAUGCAUGUCUACAUCUUAGAUUCAGGACAGUUUGUGUCUGUGAAGAUGUGAUGGUGAGUUUACAGGUUCAGUAGCAACUUAUCUUAGAGGUUUGAUAAUAGUGAAAUGCUUAGAGCCACACUGUGUUCUUGAACAAAAACUUAAACCGGACUUCUUGUUUGUACGUUUGUUAAAGUGGCACCUUAAAUAUAAUGUUAUGAAGCUUUUUGGAUAACUAAUGUUUGCAUGUGUACAGGGAUAUGAAAAAAUCUAAGCUUUGGGCCCCUCGGUAGCUCACCUGGUUUUGCGUGUGACUCAAAUACCACAGUCUUAUCUUUGCUAGUAUCCCCCCAUCCCCGGUCUCUCUACCUUUCUCUCUAUGGGUGCUCUGUCAAUUAAAGGCAGACAUCUCAAAUAAAUAUAACCUAUAGUUAAAAGAUGAAAGUAUCUUGUAUAUCAAUGAAAGAUGAUGCAAAUCUGUAAGUAAUGAACAGAAUGACAUGCAGAUUUCAGACAUAUUGCUUUAAUCGGGCAUACCUCAUUCCUCCCCCUUAACUAAAGUUUAGACAGCCUUCAUUAUAAGCAUAGUUCAGAGUUUUCAUUAAAAUAAUUCUGAAAUGUGGUUUUAAGAAAAUGUAUUAUAAAGCAGACAAAUGCAUAGUAUCUAUCUGCAGCUACAGUCACGAAUAGAAGAAGAAAUGAAUAUGAGGCGAUGCAUUAUGACCAGUUAUGUAAAGUUUAUGCAAUAAGUGCAACAAAUAGACUAAUAAAUAUAUUGAAAAAUG